UGAACGCCAAUCUGAAUGUGUUUUGAAUUUGAAUGUGGAUGUGUGCGAACUUCGACGAUGGACUCCCUGGUGCUGGCCCUGGUGCUGGUGGUGGUGGCCAUCGCCGCGCACUACCUGAAGCGGCGGAAGCUCAUCAUCGCCAUGGACAAGAUCCCCGGGCCGCCCGCCUACCCCAUCAUCGGCAACGUCAUGGACCUGUACAACGCCAACUUCAACAUGACUGCCGCGGUCAAGAAGUGGACGGACGCGCACGGCGACCUGUUCCGCAUUUGGAUGGGCGCCCAUGCCUUCGUGGUGCUCAGCAAGCCCGAGGACUUGGAGAUCCUCUUGAGUAGUACAAAACACAUCGAGAAGGCCGAGAUGUACGGUCAGUUGGUGCCGUGGAUUGGGACCGGUCUGCUCACCAGCACAGGUAAAAAGUGGCACACCAGGAGGAAGCUGAUAACGCCCACCUUCCAUUUUAGGAUUUUGGAUCAGUUUAUGGAGGUGUUCAACAGGAACGGCAACAUCAUGGUUCAAAAGAUGUUGGCUGCCAAGCAGACCAUCAACGUCCACUCCCUCAUCACCUUGUGUACGCUGGACAUCAUCUGUGAAACCGCCAUGGGAACCAAAGUGGAGGCACAGAACGAUUCAACAUCGCCCUACGUCAAGGCAGUUCACAAUGCGGUGGUCUCGUUCCACCACCGGACCAUGAAGCCCUGGCUGCAGCCCGACGCCAUCUUCUACGCGUCCACGGACGGCAGGACCUUCAACAAGGCCCUCCAGGUGCUGCACAAGUACACCCAGGAGGUGAUCGAAAGCAGGCGGCGAGAGCGAGAGUCCCGACGCAAGAACUCGGUACACAACGCUGACGACGAUUUAGGAAUGAAGAAACGCGAAGCCCUCCUCGACCAGCUGCUGGACGCCAACGAAUCGGCCGCCAACCUCGCCGACAGCGACAUCCAGGAGGAGGUGGACACGUUCAUGUUCGAGGGCCACGACACCACCGCCGCCGCCAUCUCCUUCCUGCUGUACUGCGUGGCCGCCAACCCCGACGUGCAGCAGAAGCUGGCGGACGAGAUGCACGAGAUCUUCGGUGACUCCGACCGGCCCGCCACCUCCCAGGACGUCCAGAACAUGAAGUACGCCGAGCGCGUCGUCAAGGAGACGCUCCGGCUCUACCCCAGCGUGCCGCUGUUCGCGCGCUUCAUGAGGGAGGACCUGGAGAUCUCGGGUGGGUGUCUGUCUGCCCGUGUGGCUGGCUUAACUUGCUUUGCCGCCGUCUCUGUUCCCAGGAGGCUACGUGAUCCCCGCCGGCGCCAACGUCACCAUCAGCUGCUUCCAGAUGGGCCGCAACGGCAACGUGUGGCCCGACCCGGAGAAGUUCGACCCGGACAGGUUCCUGGCCGAGAACAUCGCCACCCGCCACCCCUACUCCUACGUGCCUUUCUCGGCCGGCCCGAGGAACUGCAUCGGCCAAAAGUUCGCCAUGAUGGAGAUGAAGUCCACCCUGAGCAAGGUGGUGCGGCACUGCAAGCUGAGCCUGCCCGCGCCCAACUACAGCCCCCGCGUCGAGGGCCAAGUCAUCCUCAAGGCGCCCGAGGGCGUCAUGCUCAACGUGUCGCCGCGCGCGGCGGCCGCCUGAAGCAACGCACACUUGCAGUAAUUUAUUGAAGAGAUUUUUAAAUGAGUGAUCGAGCAUUUUUUUUAUUGCGCCCCGCCCCGAAUUAUGUCCCCCAUUUUAACAUGAUUUUUUAAAAAAAGAAGCGAGAUUUGACCGGUUGCCGGUUGUUUACAAGUUGAUGUUAAGGAGUAAAAUUUGUAAUAAAUUUGUAUGAAAAGAGAA